UGUGUGGAAACCUUAACUCGAACUCAUUUAAUCCUUGAAUACGCGGGCGGAGGAGAACUGUAUGCCUACGUCCAUGAAAGAGGGAAGUUGACCGAUGCAGAAGCUAAACCGUUGUUUGCACAAGUGGUAGCCGCCGUUUCACACAUGUUUUCAAUGUCUCGAGAAUAUCCGUUGCAGCAUAAGAAAAAUAUUGUACAUCGCGAUAUUAAAGCCGAAAACAUCAUGUUUUCUGCUCCUGGAGUUGUAAAAUUGGUUGACUUUGGGUUCUCCUGUAUGGUUCCAUCUGCACAAGAGCAGCUAACAACCUUCUGUGGCAGUCCUCCGUAUGCUGCUCCUGAACUAUUUAGGGAUCAAAGCUAUAUUGGAUCUAUGGUUGACAUUUGGGCGCUGGGUGUCCUGCUUCAUUUCAUGCUUGUCGGUAUUACCCCAUUCCGAGGAGAAUCUGUGCCCGAACUAAAAUCAGCUAUUUUGCAAGGAACUUUUUCGCUGCCUAUGUAUUUAGAGCAUUCAUCACGAAUGCUCAUUGAAAGUAUGCUUUCGAUGGAACCUUACAAAAGACCUAAAAUUGAUGAUAUCAAGGAUGGAUACUCAUUCAAAAUGGCGAAUCAAGAGGAACCACACGUAUAG